GUGAAUUCUCUAAAUAUUCCAGUUUAUUCAUCAUUAGUUAAAUAUAUUGUAAAGCAAAGUGUUCUGUCUGACUUUAAAGAUUAUGAAGCCUAAUCACUUGAUCUUGAUCGAAAUAAUAGAUCACAUAACUAGAACACUUUCAUUUGUGUCUUUUUAUUAUUAAGAGCACAAUAUUUAAAUUUAUGUUCAAAAUGAUUGUUAAUAAACAAUGUUUUGUUUUCAAUAUUUCAGGAUAUAAUGGUCUUCUUGUCCGGAAUACUACAACAACAACAACAACAACAACAACAACUACUACUACUACUACUACUACUACUACUACUACUACUACUACUACUACUACUACUACUACUACUACUACUACUACUACUACUACUACUACUACUACUACUACUACUACUACUACUACUACUACUACUACUACUACUACUACUACUAGCAAUAAUAAUAAUAAUAAUAAUAAUUAUUAUUAUUAUUAUUAUUAUUAUCAACAAGUGAAUACAAAAAUAUUGAUUACUAUUUCAAAUAAUCCAAUGAACAAUCUUCAGUUAAUAUUUUUGUUUUUAUUGUUUUAA